UCCCUUAAGCAGGACUGACCAUCGCUUCUAGACCCCUCUGUUGACCUAAUCAGCUGAGAGAGGCAAGAUGGCGGCUGUGGCGAAACCCGGCUUUAUGGCCCAACUGACCAAUGCCGCAAAGCGCUUCGUGUUCCGAGCCUCAGGAUUUAACCAGAUGGGUCUGUACCACGAUGACUGUCUGUAUGAAAAUAGCGACGUGCAGGAGGCACUGAAUAGGUUACCGCAGCCAAUCAUGAAUGACCGUAACUUCAGAAUGCAGCGUGCUCUCCACCUUUCCCUCACCAAGAAGAUUCUGCCCAAGGAGGAGUGGAUUUCCUACGAGGAGGACCGAGAGAAGGGCCGCUACCUUCAGCCCUACCUAGAGGAAGUGAUCAGAGAGAGGAAGGAACGGGAGGAGUGGAACAAGAAGUGAAACUCUCUGUCAUUUAGGUUAUUCUUCCACUGACUGCCCUCCUCCAUAUCUUUGUGAUUCUCCACUUUUCUCUAGUCUCCACUUUCCUCCUCCCCUGUUUUAACUCAAUUACUUAACUCUUUCUCCUCAUAAUUUUUCUUAUUCUUUUUUUUCCACAUUUCUUAUCUCUUUAUCCUUUGCUCCUUCUUUUUCUCAUUCUAGCAUUCUAUCUGCCUCCUUACUCACCCAUCUUUACUAUUUCAUCAUUCCUCCCUUUCCACUCAUUCCUAGCUUUCUUUCCCUGCUCCUCCUGAUUUAUUCCAUAUGCUCUUAAUCUUCAUUCAUUCCCCUGUAGCCCUUCUCUUCUCACAUUCUUGGAGGCACUGUACAGUUUGGUGUUAGUGAGGGGAGGGCAGGGUGAGGCUUCUCCAGGCCUUGCUAUAGCUAUCCUAUGUAUAUUGACCCCCAAGUGAGCCUGUUGCUGUAUGAAUACAAAUACAUUAUGGUAAACUUAU